AAAUUUUUUUAUCAAAAUUUUACCAAUAAAAUAAUGUGAAAUUUUAAAGGUGAAAAAUGAAGGAUGUGGACGAGUGUUUUUUAAGUAAAUUGAAAACGUUUGAUGGCGUUGUCCUAUCCGAUGACGCUUCUUCUUCUGGACUAUGUAGUAACGUAAAUUUUUACAUAGAUAAUAAGGAAAACUUUGCGGAUUUUUUAAAACACCUAAAAAGAGAUGGCUACGAGUUCAGCAAGAGAAAUUCUCGCUGUUUGGAAGGUUCUGUGCAAACUGAAAUAAAUGCAUUAGAUGUAAAAAUCCCAUACUUUGAUCAUCCUUUCGUAAAAGUUCAAACCUCCUACUAUGAAUGCAGUCACGGUGCGAAGUAUUUUAAAUCAAAAAAUGAUAAUGUGCAACAUCAAGAUCAUCCGGUUUGUAAAAAAAAGAAAAGAUUCCGAAUUCAAGACACGAAAAAAAUGAACUGCCCUGUUGUUAUGAAAGUGACUCGAAUUGUAUAUUUCCCCAAAGUUGAAUUGAAAAAAGAUGUUAGCUCUUUUAAAAGGAAAAAAACCAAGGGUACGUAAUUUCGGACACUCAGUGUUUUUGCUCUUUUAUUGAUAAGAACCAAGGGUACAAGUAAAAGUGAACACUUCUUCUAUUAGUUUAGAUCACGGACAAUCUCCCUGAUGUAAGAAUUUUCAUUUUACACUAUUUAUUUAGUUAUUAAAAUGGACUUUACAAAGUGCUUCAUGUAAAGUGUGGGGAAAAAGUUAUUCACAGAGUCUAUCCAAAUGCUUUCAUAACCACGAAAAUCGCUCUAAAAUAUCAAGAAGUCACUGGUAAUUAAAAAUAAAAUUCAUUUAUCAAAUUUCACGUUUUGUUUCUAUUAUUUAAAUCAUAAAAACUGAAAAAGUCGCGAAACGGAUCAUUAUUUCGGACACUUUGGUUAACGCUUUACCGAGUUUGGAAGGGUAACACUGAUGCACUUGCAAAUGUGUAUUUUUCGAGUUCGAUGGUAUUUUUUUAAGUGUUUUCAGUUUUGAUGAAGAUAUUGUACUAUUAUUUCACUCAUUUUCCUAAAAACCAUACUGAAAAGUAAAAGUCGGAGUCGUAAAAUCAUCAACAAGGAGUUUGAUAAGAAAUUGUUCAAUGUUACCAACUUAUUUUUCUAAUGAGAAAGUGGAUAAUGAGAGUGCUGAACAUUUCCUUGAAAAAUCGUUUUUCUCUACAUUUCACAUCAUGAUUCGAGCUGUUUUUGAUUGGAGUUGUUUUUCAGAGGUAAAUAAUUUCUUUUUCAACUAAAAUUUUCGAGUUCCCACGUUAAAGAAAAAGUGUCCGAAAUUAGGGUACCUUGGACCUAAUUUCGGACACUUUUCGGAUUCAAAUUAAAUAAACAAAAUCACGUAAAAUUUAUAAAUUGAUGCUCAAAAACGAUUCACACGAUGACAUUCUAUGAGAAUGUGAAGACAAACACCAAGUUGAAUCGCUCGUUUUAAAGCCUUUUUCGAAAAACGUGAAAAAGUGUCCGAAAUUAGGGGUUUUGACAGUACUUUUAAUAGAUGAUGAACGAAGUACGUAGAGUAUUGCAACUGUCCGGUGAUAAAAAUGGUGAACUGGAGGGUAAAGAACGGUAUUACUGCACGUUUUCGUUGCCAAGCAAUCACAAUCAUCCGAUAAUGACCGCUUAUUUGAAUCAAAAAUUGGACCCUUCCAUCCAAGAAGAGAUUAAAAAACUUGUCGAAAAUGGUAUAACAAAUACGUACUUCGUGAAAGCUGCCCUGAAGAAGUUUGUAUCUGAAAUGCCAAAUGGAAAUAGCAUACCUCGGAUGUCUAAAGCGUUCUACCCAUCCAUUAAAAUCAUUUCCAAUUACAUCGCUAAAUUUACGUUGGAAAAUCGAGUAAGCAACAUCGAUCAAGUUGCAUUGCAAUCAAAAGUGAAUAAAUGGGAAAAGAACAAGUCCUGCAGUAUUUUCUACCGUCCGCAUGAUACUGAGAAUGAUUUUUUACUUUGCUAUCAAACUACAUGGCAGAAACAACUAUUGAAAACGUUCGGUGGAAUCACUCUUCUAGAUGCAACUUACAAAACUGUGAAAUAUGCCCUGCCAAUGUUUUGUAUUGCUGUCAAAACGAAUGUAAAUUAUUGUAUCGUCGGAAUGUUUAUCACGCUCUCGGAAUCUUCUGAGAAAAUAAAGGAGGCUCUCGAAAUAUUUAAAUCAUGGAACCCAGAUUGGAAUCCAGAAUAUUUUGUAGUCGAUUAUUCGGAAGCGGAAAUUAAUGCUAUAAAAUCGGCAUUUGGAUGCUACAUUUACCUAUGUGACUUCCACCGAGAACAGUCCUGGGGAAGAUGGACAAAAAAACGUGAUAAUUUAGAUUAUGCUUCCGAUGAAGAUGAAAUUAUGGCGAUUUUUAGAGCAUUUGCGAACUGCAAAAGUAAGUCAGAAUUUGAGGAGAAAAUUGAAGAUCUCAAAUCUAAUGACGUGUUUAUUCGAAACCCAAAAGCACUUCGUUACUUCGAAAAUACCUGGUUGCCUGUCAAAGAAAUGUGGAUAAGGUGCUUUUUUCCUGAUGAAUUUGUAUUUAAAAUUUCCACGAAUAAUGGGAUCGAAUCGCAAUUUAAAAUGCUAAAAUACGGAUACCUAAAAGUUCGUAAUGUAAACACCUUAAGCGAGUUAAUGACGUUAAUGAUUGAAGAAGUUUUCUACGAUUUGCUGAAUAAAUACACCCAAAAGAACUCGUCGCUUUAUCAUGGUUAUAAACUGUAUAACAAAGAGAUUCCUCAUUUUCUUCAAAACCGUCCGAAGCCAUUUAUCAAACACGUCUGUAAACGAUAUGACACUGCUGAAGAGUACUCUUAUGAUUCAAUUCUCUUUGAAGGUGGAAAAUUGAAAGUUUGUAGCAAAACGAAUCCUCUUACUCUUUAUGAAGUAGAUUUUACCAAACCAUCUUGUAAUUGUGAAGAUUUUUGGCGAUACCGGCUUCCAUGUGUACAUUUCUGUGCAGCUUUUCUAUACUUACCGCAUCUGCUCUCUUUUGAAGAUUUGCCUGAAACGUAUCGAAACUCUCCAUACAUCACGAUCAAUAAGGAUUUCAACCUAUUUGAAAAUCAACCACAAUGCGAUUGGAAUGCUGAAGCUCAUUCGAAUUACCAGUCUAUUGAAUGUUGUACUAAUACUGCAGAACUUGGCUCGGAUAACAUGACGAAGAAUACAAAUGUGUUCGUUGAAGAAGUUUCCUCAGUUAAUGUGAAUGAGAAAAACCAAGCUCAAGACGAUGUUGAAAAUAAAAAGAAAGAAAAAAAAAUUCGUAAUAUCCGAGAAAUCUGUAAAAUGUUGAUCGAUAAGACAUAUAACAUGAGUUAUGAACAUGAUAAAGUUCAAGUAAUUGAAACGUUGCUUCAAGAAGUUGAUGUAAAAAUGAACGAGUUACAAUCCUUUGAAUUUUUACCUCUACGAAGUAUUGAAAACAAGAAAAGAGGACCAGGAUCACAGCUGCGAGACCUACCUAAACGAAAACGAUUGAAGAAAACCAAAGCUGCCGGUGAAAAUGAUGCUAGUGCUAUUGCAAUGAAUCUAGUUAUGGAGGAAGCUACACCAGUGCUGAUUGAAAGCACUUUAAUCGAUAAUAUAUUAGUCUAAUCCGCAAUAUGUUAGUCUUGUCUCUUAUAAGUUGAAACGUUAUAUUUUUUAGUUACUCAACUCUAGUAAUAGACAUCAAACAAACUAUUUUAUUAUACUCACUUAUUAUAGGUACCUUAAGAUUUAAGAAUGAUUAAUUCUAAUCGUUACCUCGAAUUUUUGUACCUUUUAUUAUUUUUAGGUAUACUUCUGUUUCGUUUUUCAUUUAUGAUAAUUUAAGUCUACCUAUUUUGUUACUUUCGUUUAUGAUUAUUGAAAAUUCAAGUCUUGUAAUUUUCAUUAUUGGUGCCGAAGAAUGAUUAUUUCUAAUCGUUACCUCGAAUUUUUGUACCUUUUAUUAUUUUUAGGUAUACUUCUGUUUCGUUUUUCAUUUAUGAUAAUUUAAGUCUACCUAUUUCGUUACUUUCGUUUAUGAUUAUUGAAAAUUCAAGUCUUGUAAUUUUCAUUAUUGGUGCCGAAGAAUGAUUAUUUCUAAUCGUUACCUCGAAUUUUUGUACCUUUUAUUAUUUUUAGGUAUACUUCUGUUUUGUUUUUCAUUUAUGGUUAUUUUAGUCUACCUAUUUCGUUACUUUCGUUUAUAAUUAUUGAAAAUUCAAGUCUUGUAAUUUUCAUUAUUGGUGCCGAAAAAUGAUUAAUUCUAAUCAUUACCUCGAAUUUUUGUACCUUUUAUUAUUUUUAGGUAUACUUCUGUUUCAUUUUUCGUUUAUGAUAAUUUUAGUCUAUUUCGUUACUUUUGUUUAUGAUUAUUGAAAAUUUAAGUCUUGUAAUUUUCAUUAUUGGUGCCGUAGUGUUACCUAAAGACCUAAGACCUAAACUUUCAAGUGUUUGAUUUUCCAAGUCAUUAUUAUUAUUAUUAUAUUGGCAGUUAUGUACUUUUAUUUUUAUUAAAGAACUGUCAGAAGUAAAUAAACGCAAUUGUUCAUGAUA